AUGUCUGCACUCGCCAGCUUCUUACAAAAGCUUGAGGUUAAAAAUAGUGGGCUACCAGUAUCGGCAUUGCGUAACCCAGAUCUGGAGCCUAUUCCACACGCAAAGCGACAAUGGGCAUUUUGGUCCUUUUUCGCUUAUUAUGGACUGCCCAACGUCUCAGCAGCUACUUUCAGCAUCGGAUCAGCUCUGUUAAGUCUGGGUCUGAAUAUCAAGCAAUCGAUUGGAACGAUCAUCGUUGGUAACAUCGUCAUCACCUUGUACACAAUCAUGAACUCCAACCCGGGUUUCAAAUACCACAUUGGAUACACACUGGAGCAGCGCAUGUUGUUCGGUAUUCGAGGAUCUGUUAUUGGUAUUAUCAUCAGAGUGGGCCUUUCUGUGGUGCUUUACGGAUACCUGUCAUGGUUAGGAGCACUCUGUCUGAAUCUGAUCUUCAGCUCAUGGUCCAAGUCUUAUAUGAACAUGAAGAAUACCUUUCCGGAGUCUGUGCCCAUGACCACACGCGAUUGCGUGGCAUUUUUAAUCUUCCAACUUAUUCAAAUGCCGUUCAGCUUUGUGAAACCACGCAAGAUCAAUACCAUGGGCAUUGUUUUUUGUUUCAUGGCGAUGUUUUCCGUCAUUGGAAUCUUGGCUUACACGGUUUCCACCAACGGUGGACCCGGACCUUUGUACUACAAAGGUCAAGAUUUAUCAGCGAACCAGCGCGCCUGGACAUGGCUUUUGGCCAUUACCGUGUGGUACAGUGGCAUGUCUCCUGUGAUUGCAAACCAAUCGGACUACUCUAGAUACGGAUCCCACAAUAUUAAAAUGCAGAUUGGUGUCGCUCUCGGGGUUUUCAUUACAGGGACGUUGGCCCCAGUAGCAGGUAUGUUUAGCGCUUCGGCUACCGAGCAACUGUAUGGAGAGCCUUUAUGGUUGCCCACAGACAUGGCACUCAAAUGGCUUCAAGAUGGAUACACGGCAAAGGCUCGUUGCGCAGUGUUUUUUAUCGGUUUGAGUUUUACUGGAACGCAGCUUGUUGUAAACAUGACUCAAAACGGCUAUGCGUGCGGAAUGGAUCUAGCUGGACUAUUUCCCAAAUACAUCAAUAUCACUCGCGGUACGCUUUUUGUUCAACUCAUCUCCUGGGUCGUUCAACCGUGGACUUUUUUCAAUACUACUUCGGCAUUUCUGGAUAGUAUGACUUCUUUUGGGAUCUUUACCACGCCUAUCAUGGCUAUCAAUGUGAUAGACUUCUAUAUUGUACGCAAAGGUCGUGUUUCAAUAACCGACCUUUUCACGCAAGAUCAGAACGGUGCUUUCUGGUUUUAUCAUGGUAUAAAUUUCCGCGCUUUAGCUGCGCUACUAGUGGGAAUAGCACUUGGAAUACCAGGCUUGGUUUUUUCUGUUCAAACGGACCUAAAACCAAAUGCUGCAAUGAAUAAUUUCUACAGCGGUUACACCUUCUUUACAGUGAUAGUGUCCGGCGCUCUGUACUAUAUUUUGGUCUUACUGUUUCCAAUCAAACAGCGUGUUGGGAUAUCGGAUGAGAAGGACUAUUUUAACGCUUUCAGUCCAGAAGAAUGUCGGAAUUUGGGUAUGGAACUUUACUCCGAAAGUUUUGACACUGAGUACCUUGGCCUGGAGACCGGCGGGGCAAAAAGUCGUGUAUAUGGCAUUGGAAGUCAAAAUCACACACCUGUAUCACAGCGCUCAAGCAAAAGUGAAGCCCCGGUAGUCGUUGUUGAGACUGCGGCUGAAAAGAGCUAA